AUGGAGAGCGCAGCGGCCCGCGAGCCCCGGGGGGCCGAGGCCCCGCGCCCGCCCGCGCCCCCGCCCUCGCCCGCCGAGCCCCCCGCCGCGCCCCGCGCGCGCCCGCGCCUCGUCUUCCGCACGCAGCUGGCGCACGGCAGCCCCACGGGCAAGAUCGAGGGCUUCACCAACGUCCGCGAGCUCUACGCCAAGAUCGCCGAGGCCUUCGGGAUCGCGCCCACCGAGAUCCUGUUCUGCACCCUGAACAGUCACAAGGUGGACAUGCAGAGGCUGCUGGGCGGCCAGAUCGGCCUGGAGGACUUCAUCUUCGCCCACGUGCGCGGCGAGACCAAGGAGGUGGAGGUCACCAAGACGGAGGACGCGCUGGGGCUGACCAUCACCGACAACGGCGCCGGCUACGCCUUCAUCAAGAGGAUCAAGGAAGGCAGCAUCAUCAACCGCAUCCAGGCCGUGUGCGUGGGCGACAGCAUUGAGGCCAUCAACGACCACUCCAUCGUCGGCUGCCGCCACUACGAGGUCGCCAAGAUGCUCCGCGAGCUGCCCAAGUCGCAGCCGUUCACCCUGCGCCUGGUGCAGCCCAAGAGAGCCUUCGAUAUGAUUGGCCAGAGGAGCCGGAGCAGCAAAUGCCCAGUGGACGCGAAGGUGACCAGCGGGAGGGAGACCUUGCGGCUGCGUUCCGGGGGGGCUGCCACGGUGGAGGAAGUGCCCAGUGAAUUUGAGGAGGAGGCAUCGGGGAGGGUGGACGACCUGCUGGAGAGCUACAUGGGCAUCCGGGACCCAGAGCUGGCGUCCACCAUGGUGGAGACGUCCAAGAAGACGGCCAGCGUCCAGGAGUUUGCGCGCCAUUUAGACUCCGUCUUGGGCGAGUUUGCCUUCCCCGACGAGUUCGUGGUGGAGGUGUGGGCCGCCAUCGGCGAGGCCAGGGAGGCCUGCGGCUAGGCUGCUCCAGGGCGGCCCGCAGCCCCAGCCCCGAGCCCCGGCCCCCGCCCCAGCCCUGC